CGACUAAACCGCCCAUUCUCGUUUCUUUGGGAGCCGUCCUUGAUCGAUCGGAACACUUGCCGCAACCUGUUCCCUUGCCUACCAUCAUUCCAAGAUGAGAUUGAUUUCCACUCUCGGCUUAGCGACCUCUUUAUUCGUGGUGGCCGAUGCGCACACUCUAUUCACAAGCCUUUACAUCAAUGAUGUCAAGCAAGGGCAAGGUGACGGAACAUGUGUUCGCCAGAAUACCGAUCUAGCGCACGGGAACUCACCCGUCGUCGAUUUGUCAAGCAAGGACAUGACCUGUGGCUUCAGCGGCACUACUCCAGUGAACUACACUUGCCCAGCACCUGCUGGGGCCAAGCUGACCUUCGAGUAUCGACUGAACCCUGCCAGAGCUGGUAAAGGCUUUAUUGACGAAAGCCAUAAGGGGCCUGCCGCAGUAUACGCUAAACGGCUAUCAAGUCCUGGCGAAGAUGCCACGGGGCCUGGCUGGUUUAAACUUUGGGGCGAAGGUUAUGACAUGAAAGCCGAUAAGUGGGCGACAGAGAAAAUCAUUGAUGCCAAUGGGUUGAUCUCGAUACAGAUCCCUACCGCGUUACCAGCUGGGAACUACCUGUUCCGGCCCGAAGUCGUCGCCAUGCAUAACGUGACGCCAGAAGUCGAGCCCCAGUUUUACAUUGGUUGCGCUCAGGUAUUCGUCGAGAGUUCUGUAACUGGGGAUCUAAAUAUUCCAUCUGAGAAGAGCGUUAGCAUACCAGGGUACUUGAAAAAAGACGACCCCUCGGUGAUGUAUAACAUCUACUCUGAUGAAGAAUAUUCGGAUCCUAAGAAGCCAUACCCCAUGAUGGGGCCGGAACCCUAUGUGCCUGCUACCAUCUUAAAAGCGUCGAGUGGCAAAGUGAUACGCCAAGCCGAGGGCAAUAUCCCCGACUCCUGUCUCCUCCUUAACGCGAAUUGGUGUGGCGUCGAAGUCCCCUCAUACAAAAACAGUCUAACCGGUUGCUGGAACGCCGUCAAGGACUGCUGGAGCCAGGCAGACGCAUGCUGGGCUCAGCAAAUGCCAUCUGGUGGGCGCAAUUGUAAGGUAUGGGGAGACAAAUGUAAAGAUAUUGAUGCACACUGUUCCGCGGAAGAUUUUACCGGCCCGCCGGCAUAUGACCUGAAAAGCGACGAUUACCCAGCACCGGGCCGAAUCCCAGCCGCAAUUAACGCGGAAGUUGUACCGCAAGAUGCGCCAUCGUCAUCAUCGAAAGUGGAGGGAACGACUCGCAUCACGGUGACAAGCUCAGUGCCGGUCACGGUGACUGUAAUUCCCACGCCGUCAUCCUCGUCGUCCGCAUCGCUUGAGCCUAUCCCGGAUUUCACACCGCGACCUUCUCAAACCCCCAAACCAAAGCCCCAUUGUGGUGCGCAGAGACGCAGACGGGCGAGUAAGCCCCUGUAAGCCAGUCCAGCCAUGAUCGCCCUGGACUCGGGAGAGCGCAUUAUCUUGCAGGCUUUCUGAUCUGGCAGAGGAGUUUGGACA